CAGUACAUUACGCACUGUUUUUGUACUAUUGUUUUUCUUGUUUUCAGUUUUCAAUCAGAAAAAAGUGUUAUUGUUGUUGCAGCUGAAACAGGUUCAACAACACAAAUGGAGAAAGAACCGCAACAAAGUGAUGUCAAAGAUUCUUCUGCUGAAGUCUUGUCUGUUGAACUCUCUGCUCCUCCCAAUUGGAAGAAAUUGUUCUUCCCUAAGAAGAAAGGAACACCAAGAAAACCUGAGAUCGUUUUCGUUGCUCCAACUGGAGAAGAGAUAAGUUCCAAAGCACAAUUGAAGAAGUACCUGAAAAAUCAUUCUGGGGAUCCUGAUAUAUCAGAGUUUCAUUGGGGAACCGGCGAGACGCCAAGGCGAUCAACAAGGAUUAGGGAGACUGCCAAAACAACCCCUCCACCUGCACAAGCUGAGCCUCCGAAGAAACGUAGUCGAAAGAAGGAGGACAAGGAAACUGAAACUGAGUCUCCUUCAGAGGAAGUCAAGGAAAAGGGGAAGUCUUCUGCUGAAGAACUGAAAGCUGAUCCCAGUGAUGCUGAUAAGAACGUCAAUGCUGAGGAAAUUAAGCAAAGUAAUGUGGAAGCUGAAACUGUGAUAGCUGAGAAGCCUACAUUGAUGGCCGAACCGGCGAAACGAAUUAUUGUGCAUGCUUUGUCUACUGUUGCUGCUGCAAAACCGCAUUUGGAAAAGCCUCAAGUGGAAGACACUUCUAUGACUGAACCGGUGAAACAAGUUUCUGAAGAAGCUUUGAAUGCAGUUGUCGCUGAAAAACCGCAAUUGGAAAAUCCUCAAGUGGAAGACACAUUGAUGGCAGAACCAACAGAAAAACUUCUUGAGGAAGCUUCGGAUGCAGCUGUUGCUGAAAAGCCACAAUUGGAAAAGCCUCAAGUGGAAGAAAUAUCAAUGGCGGAACCGGCAGAACAACUUCUUGAGAAAUCUUUGGAUCCUGUUGUUGCUGAAAAACUGUCAGGGGAGGCACCAGUUGAGUUGGAAAAAGAAAACAGAACAGCUGAAUUGGAAAAGCCUCAAGUGGAAGAACCAUCUCUGGCGGAACCGGUGGAACAACUUUCUGUGGAAGCUUUGGACGCUGUUGUUGCUGAAAAACCCAAAGAGGAAGCACCAGUUGAAUUGGAGAAAGAAAAUGGUACAGCUGAUAGCAGUUAUAAGCAAGAGAAAUCCGGCGCAGAGGAAAGCGAAGGUGCUGAGAAAGUGAGUCUCAAUGUUGAAGAUAUUAUUAAUGGUAAGAAUGAAAUUUCAGCAAGUGAUGAAUAGCAAACAGUUCAAGGUGAUGAACAGGUGAAGAAAAUGGUUGAUAAUGAAAGUGUUAUUUGGAGCUUUGCUCAAUGAAGUAGCUUAGUAUCACUAGUUAAUACUUAGUGCUUCUUUUUUUUUUUGUUGCAAAGCUUGGUAGUAAGCUUUUUAUAUGCACUUUAUCAAUACUUUGUGCCCUUAACUUUUUUGUGGUGCUGCUAUUGAAGUUGUUUUAGCUAUUCUGUGACAUUCUGGAUGGUUUUAGUCUUGUUUUCUGUUUUAACAUUUGGGUUUUACUUAGGAGAUUAAACUUGUAUGCCUCCUAGUCCUAGAGCAGAUCUUUUGGUUUUUCAUAGUGCAUAUCUCAAUGCAGAUUGUAGACUUCUGUCACAUUUUUCAU